AUGCUGGAUGAGUCUGGUCUGUUGAACGAGCUCGAGAGGCAUGCAUUUUCACCAACUGGCCAGGCAAUGUGUAUUUAUGGUGGUCCAGCAUAUCCCCACCGUGUUCAUCUGCAAAGACCAUUUCAGUAUGGAGUACUUACACAUCAGAUGCAAAGUUUCAAUGAGUCCAUGAGUAAAGUUCGUUCCUCAGUCGAGUGGAUUUUUGGGGACAUCAUUAACUAUUUCAAAUUUUUAGAUUUUAAGAAAGACUUGAAGCUGGAUUUAAGCCCCAUUGGGAAAAUGAGCAUUGUCUGUGCCUUACUUAGGAAUGCACUUACUUGCCUUUAUGGUAACACAACCUCCGAGUUUUUCCAGUUAGACCCUCCAUCUCUGGAAGAUUACUUUGCUUAA